CAUAAACUAAAUUGUUUGUGGUAUUUUUAACUUGUCACUGUAUUAGACUAGGCAUAGGUGAUUUGAUGAUGUUAAAAUGUUGAAGUUGAAAUGGUGCUGGAAAAUUGGAGGCAGCUCCUGUUUUCUURGUGACUUGCUGUAACUCUCCAUGGAUCUAAAUCAAUAGCUGUUUAGUAGUCCGAAAAUGAUGGAAACAUUACAUGCAAUAUGCUUUGUGGACUGAUGUUGCUCUCCGGUUUUGUGAUGAAACAAAGUUGUGGAGUAAUUUAUUCUGCCAGUGUGUCUUCUCAUUAUCUCGGCCUUAGGCCUAUAUAUCACGGUGGCAAGGCACAUGAACUAACUGUUUAUAGAGCAAAAAAAAACACAAUUAUCACAACACAUACAGUAGGUUGUAAUAUGGCUCUUUUUAUGGCUUCCCCAGUGAUUUUACUCACGCACCGCUACAGACUUCACAUAUUUCUGAGCACUUCCAAGAUGUAUUAUACCUAAUAAUGCUUGGGGUAUUUAAAGUACUAUAUAGGUAGAGAACAUUGAACAGAACAAGGCCAUGUCAAUAACUACAUUUUGACAAAAAUGCAGAUAGAACAUUGAACAGAACAGGGCUAUGUGAAUAACUCAAUUAACCGUAUAGUCCCAAGGUCUCGAAUGGUCUAGAGAAACAAAAGUAGGGAGGUUGGCCCGGGAGGAUGGGUGAGGGUAAUCCGCGACAGUCUAGCAAUCCAGAGGUUGCAUGUUGUAAUCUUGUCAGGGACAACUGUAGUGUUUUAGCAAACCUGCUACUUAAAUUCACUUAACUUUUGUCGUUGGUUCCCCUAAACACCAACGUAAAUUCUUCCCAUAAUUCUGAUUUGUUGUUACUGUGCAACAUGCAACUUGGUCUCAGAUAAAGACGUACAAUACUAUACGUCCUCCAUUCAUAAUGUAACAUAUCAUGCUAAAUGGAGUCACAGAUUUAAAUACAGAAUAAUAUGAAUUGCACUCAGACCACGUUGCCUUUCCAGACAUAUAGGAGGUUAGACCCCCACACUAUAUUACCAAAGCCCACAACUCGCAAUCCACAGCCCGUAGGCCCUAACGGUUACCACUCCGGCAGAAAUUGCACUCGGUGGACAAAACAUUUUGGUUGGAAAAUGAUGGGCUAUUGAUUUUAUCAUSGGUUGGUUUAAUUACAGUUGAUUAUAUUACAUUAUAGAUUARGUGUGUCAUAGAUUGUUUGUGGGUAUGUGUGCUCUGUUAUUACAGACCACUGCUCUUCAUGCCGAUACGCCUGCUCCAGUUGGAUGGCAUUGAACUUAGAGGUGACUACACAAAGGUCGUUAGCUGGAGCACACACUCCCGGAGGUUAUGGAAGUGGUGUGUUUGUGUGUGUGUGCAGAUGGGGUCCGCAGUCCGUCGCUGGGCCUGGGUAUUCCUCCACUGCCUCAUUAGGACUGAUUUACACCACAGCAAGGCGAAGCARUAUGAAGGCACCACUGAUCUCGACAGGAGGUGCAACAUUCAGAGAAAUUCACAAUUCAGGGGUUACCUCGGUGGAAGCCAACAAUCUUCUACAGUUGGAGCAGUUGGACGGUCGACGCCCCUCARUUCAGUGAAGCCCAAUAGACAAAGACCAUCGACUGACCGAGCCCAAGAGGUAUCGCUUGAGGAGCUAGGGAUUCUGCUCAACACUCAGACGUGGAUCCACAUGAUGUCCUUCACUACCAACCACCCUCCAACUUUUCAUUACAUCAUCUACAGCUACUGUUGUUGUCAUUAUCUGCUAAUGAAGUUUUUUUAUUAUACUGGGCACAUAAUAUGUGAGAUCCACAGAUUAACCAAAAACACUAGCACUGCAAACACUCAGAACAAAGAGAGCAGCAGUGCCUGGACUUCGCAGUCUCCCUCUUCAAGUCCCCCUUCCGAGACUGGCUGCUGAGAACAAGUGACAGGCAGAACCUCCCACCCACACAGCAACCACCUUCUCUAUAUUCCACACAUCAGAAAUCAGUAAUUUKAUCUAUGAUUGCCAUGUGAMUGUACAAAAKAAUCUGUGAAAAUAAAUUAAUGACAAACUGCACCAAAAAUGAUCAAAGUUUAUGUAUUACAAUCUUAAAUAUUGCCAGGUUGGUUUGCACAGUGGUUUCACAAGGUGUUCAUUAUUGUAAGUUGUAAGGUAUCCUUGGAUGGUAUUUAUUUGUUSCACAUUAUUCAUUGUUGUAUCCUAGGACCUACAAUAGAUACAUAUAUAUUCAACCACAAGGGUGUACUAAUGAGCUA